CAUGUUUCCAACAGCAGCAGCGGCAGCACAGAAAGUGAGUGGGGCGAAGAGAAGUGGACUUAUCGAUUUAUUUGGGAGCGGCCCUUCGCUCACCAGUCGUUCAGCGCCCUCGUCCCACAGCCCGUCGCCGAUUGGUGCACGCUCCAGUCCGUCAUUUUUCUGAUAGGUUCAUGGAAAAUUUUGCUUCAUAUGCAAGCCUAUUGUCACUCCGCCCACCGCUGGGAUUCUCCACUGUCAAGUCUGUAGGCUGGGUAGUACGACCGAAUAGAGCACAUUAGGGGCUUCAGGCUCGUCAUGUAUUUGAAAAACUCAAACGAAACUGUUGUGGAUUAACAUUUCAAGACGUUUCAAAAGGUGGACGGCUUACACUGAGUUAAGAAAACGGAUACUUUCCCAUUUGACGCUCCGUGCUGGAUGUUGACCGAGUUGAGCAGGGUUUUAUUGACGUUCACUGUUUUGGUGGCGUUCGCUCUAAGUUGGGACAUGCCUGUUUUUCCUCCAAGCUAAGAACUCGAUUUAGCGAUGCAUAAGCCCAUGUGUUCGUAAAGAUGAGUUUACAGGAAAUGGCAACUGCUCUGAGCGGCCGAAACCCGGGAGGACGCGGCCCGAACCGAAGCAAGGGUCGGAUUUUAGGCAUCAUUGAUGCCAUUCAGGAUGCUGUGGGACCUCCAAAACAAGCUGCUGCCGACCGGCGGACCGUGGAAAAAACAUGGAAACUCAUGGAUAAAGUCGUCCGGCUGUGCCAAAACCCCAGACUCCAGUUGAAAAACAGUCCCCCGUACAUUCUGGAUAUCCUACCCGACGCAUACCAGCACCUGCGGCUAAUUUUAUGCAAAUAUGAGGAGCACCAGAAACUGUCCCAGCUCAGCGAGAAUGAGUACUUUAAAAUCUACAUCGAUAGCCUCAUAAAGAAGUCCAAGCGGGCCAUCAGACUCUUCAAAGAGGGGAAGGAGAGGAUGUACGAGGAGCAGUCACAGGACAGGAGAAACCUGACCAAACUGUCCCUGAUCUUCAGCCACAUGCUGGCGGAGAUCAAAGCCAUCUUCCCCGGGGGACACUUCCAGGGCGACACCUUCCGCAUCACCAAGGCCGACGCCGCAGAGUUCUGGAGGAGAUUCUUCGGAGACAAGACGAUAGUGCCAUGGAAGGUCUUCCGACAGUGCCUUCACGAAGUGCAUCUCAUCAGCUCCGGGCUGGAGGCCAUGGCCCUCAAGUCCACCAUCGACCUCACGUGCAACGACUACAUCUCCGUGUUCGAGUUCGACAUCUUCACACGCCUCUUCCAGCCUUGGGGGUCCAUCUUGAGGAACUGGAAUUUCCUGGCGGUGACUCACCCGGGCUACAUGGCGUUCCUCACUUACGACGAAGUCAAGGCCCGGCUGCACAAGUACAUCAACAAGCCCGGAAGCUACAUCUUCAGACUGAGCUGUACGCGGCUGGGCCAGUGGGCCAUCGGCUACGUGACCAACGAUGGGAACAUCCUGCAGACCAUCCCGAACAACAAGCCACUGUUCCAGGCCCUUAUUGACGGCUACAGGGAGGGCUUUUAUUUGUUCCCAGACGGCCGCAGCUACAACCCAGACCUCAGUGACCUGUGUGAGCCCACGCCACACGACCACAUCAAAGUCACUCAGGAGCAGUAUGAGCUGUACUGCGAGAUGGGCUCCACCUUCCAGCUGUGUAAGAUCUGUGCAGAGAACGACAAGGACGUGAAGAUUGAGCCCUGCGGUCACCUGAUGUGCACCUCCUGCCUCACCGCCUGGCAGGUAAGCUGAAGGGGGACCCACCCUCCACAGCAGGCCGUGGACACUCCCGGUCCACUUGGGCCCAAUACGUGCUCCGUUGUACACUUAUUUUCCUGGUGCAUUAUGGGUCUCAAGGGGACACGCCGAGGUAUCUGUAAAUUGGCGUUCACCUCUCUUAUCCAGAUUCAGACGAUUUGUUGUAUUCAAAAAGCAUUCGAGGCAGCCUGCAGUGAACUCCGAUACACGCGGGUUGGGCUGAGGCAUGGUGUCUCAAGGAUGUCCCACCUCUGGACACUGAGGAAUCGAACCAAGUGUGAGUCGACCCCCCCACCCUCACCCCGCUGCCCUGCCCCUCCACCCCCCCUCCAGCACUGUGCGGAGCGGCAGAACUCCCCCAUGGUGUCCCCCACCUCCUCCCCCCUGAGCCAGCGCAGGAAGGCCCACGCCGCCGCCUCUGGGGGGGGCUGCUCCGACGUGGGCCUCUACGGGGUCCAGCACCUGGGCCUGCCCCCCGUACCCCCCCGCCUGGACCUGAUCCAGAAGGGGGCCGGCCGCUCGCCCCGCCAGCCCACCGCCUCGCCAAAGUCGUCUCCAGGCAUGUCCAGGAAGCAGGACAAGCCCCUCCCCGCGCCUCCGCCCCCCCAGCGGGACCCGCCCCCGCCACCUCCCCCCGAGCGACCCCAUCCCCACCCCUUCCGAGUCCCGCCUCCUCCUGGCUGGCCCCCUCCACCUCCUCUUCGUCCUCCUCCUGCUGCUGCCCUUCCUCCCUCGCCUCCCUCUCCUCCUCUUCCUCCUCCUCCCUCGGCCCCUCCAGUGGACCCCCUGUCGCUCCCGUGCGACCCCCACAACAAAGAGCGACGGGGUACUUCUCUUUUCUCCAAAAAUAAUAUACUAACAUCUCUGUGUGUGUGUGUGUGUCUGUGUGGCCGAAUGUGUGCGUGUCUGUUUGUGUGUGUGUGUGUGUGUGUGUGUGUGUGUGUGUCUGUGUGGUCGAAUGUGUGUGUGUCUGUUUGUGUGUGUGUGUGUGUGUGUGUGUGGCUGAAUGUGUGGUGUGUGUGUGCGUGUGUGUGUGUGUGUGUGUGUGUGUGUCAUUUCCCCAAUGGUUUCCAGAUCAGUGAUGACUACGACAUUCUCCCCCCCAGACACUCGCCACCCACAAGCCAUAAACCCCAGAAUCACUUCAGCAGAGGCGGGCUGGAGAGGGAGAGAGAGCGGGGCCCCCCGGAGAGGCCAGAGAUGCUGUACCAGGUGCCCUCAUCCAGCCUGUGUAUCAGCCAAGCCCCUAUCUGCAUCUCCAUAUCGGCCCCCAGCAGGCAUGGGGAGAACGGGUCCCCGGAUCCUCCUUCCUCCUCCUCUUCCUCCUCCUCCUCUUCUUCUGAGGAGAGGAAGGUCAAGCCUCCAGAGCAUGGUGGGCCCUUCGAGCUGGUCAGACCCCCGCCGCCGGCAGCCGCAGCGGUGCAUGCCGCCCCCUGCCCCCAACGCAACCUCAGAACCCCCUCAGACUAUGACGUCCUGCUGGCCCCUCAAGCGGUCGAGGGUCACCUCAACGGCCGGCCCUCCCCCCAGUCCACCCCUCCCCCGCAGCCCCCGCCGCCCCCCCUCCGCCACAGCUGCACCGACCUGCCCUCCUCCGCCUCCUUCCCGGCUGUCCCCCGGCCACACCGCCCGGCGUCGGGCCACGAGCACCUGCUGUUGACCCCAGAGGCGGUGCUGGACAUGUUGAGCGGGGCGGCGCCUCUGCGCCCCCUUCGCAGGCAGGCGGUGGACCAUGUCAAGCACCUCCCCAGGGAGGGCCUGGACCCCCCACACCUGACCGCCGCACAAGGGGCUCCGGACUUCCAGCAGGCACCCGCCCGGCCCCCCAAGCCCUUCCCCCGCAAGGCCCCCCCGGCGCCGGAGGUCCCGCACGGGAAGUCUCACGCGGGGCACCACCCCCCGCCGCCGCCGCCCCCGCCUUCCUGCUCCUCCUCCUCCUCCUCCUACUCCUCUUCGUCAGCGGCGGGGUGCGAGAGCGCCGACGCCAAGAUCGCCCAGCUGAUGGGGGAGGGGUACUCGUUCGAGGACGUGAAGCGGGCGCUGAUGAUCGCCCAGAACAAGGUGGAGGUGGCCCGGAACAUUCUGCGAGAGUUCGCCCUGGUGGCGCCCGGCUCCAAGUCUAGAUGAACGGGCGGGGACCAACGUCUGGACACGCGUCUGGAUGCACACACACACACACACACACACACACACACACACACACACACACACACACACACACACACACACACACACACACACACAGAGGGAGAGGGGAACGCGUUAAAGCUGUGCCCCUUGGUUGAAGGCAAAACAAAAAGGGCUUCUGGAGCCGGGCUCGUUGGGCGCAGGGAGGGUACGGCCGGCGGCCAGCGGUCAGCGGACUGGGGGUCGGGACGGCGCUGACGAUGACGGACUGCGGCACGGAGGCGGGAAACCAGCGAGUGAGGCGCGACCACAGGAGGACCUUCUGCGCUGACAGACGGUGGACGGGGACGUGUUUUCUGUUGUUGCUUUGUGGGUUUUUCUUCAAUAUCUGUGAGAACGGACAGCGAGAUUGAUCACCAGGAAACGGCUGGCCGCGCGCACUGCCUUCGCUCUCACAAGGACAACUCUUUUGUUCAACAUUUCACACACGCUGCCAAUUACUGUUUUUUUGUAAAUGUAAACACACACGCGCACGCACACACACACACACACACACACACACACACACACACACACACACACACACACACACACACACACACACACACACACACACACACACACAUCUAUACAUAUAUAUGUAUGUGUGUAUAUAUGUAUGUGUGUAUCUAUAAGUAAGUAUAUGUGUAUAUAUGUAUAUAUAUAUACAUGCAUAUAUAUGUGUAUAUAUGUAUAUUUAUUAAUAUAUAUGUGUAUAUAUAUAUGACUCCUUCUCGUUCCACCGGUUAAGUCAUCAUUUCUGCACUGAAAAGAAAUAUGCUAAAUGCGUUCAUCGCCUUCCGUUAAUUAUUAAAUUCACGUCCAGCAGGGGGAGACAAACUCUUUUGCUUUAGUUUCCUUCGUCCCAUCAAGGGCUAAGAGAAGGAGAACGGGGGACAGGGAUAAUGACAGAAAGAAUGAUAGAGAGAAAAAGAAAAAUAGAUGGAGAUGGAGAGCGAAUGAGAGCGUAAGAGACUUUGGUUUUGAAUGUAUCAAAAGCUACGUGCCAGUGUGUGUGUGUGUGUGUCUCAGUGUGCGUGUGUGUGUGUGUGUGUGUGUGUGUGUGUGUGUGUGUGUGUGUGUGUGUGUGUGUGUGUGUGUGUGUGUGUGUGUGUGUGUGUGUGUGUGUGUGUGUGUGUGUGUGUGUGUGUGUGUGUGUGUGUGUGUGUGCGCGCGCGCAUUCUAUAAGCAUUUGAGUGAUGGGAGUGGAGCAUAGCCAUGGGACUGUUCAUCCCUUAACUGCCAAAGAACGGUUCAUUUGGAAAUGUCAGGUUGGGUUCCCUGGAAGCGAUGCGCCGCCGCAGGCUGCUAGGGCGUCGCUGUGCUAUGCCAUGCUAUGUUGUUGUUGUCGUUGAUGUUGUUGCUGUUGUUGUUGUUGUGGUUGGGUUUGCUCCGGUGCACGGCAGAGGUGGCCACAGUGCAUUAGGUACCGCUGGUUCUGCACCAGAAGCCGCUCAGCAUGCACACGGCACCACGUUGGUGCAGCUAUACCUUCAGUGGCUCUCCCAGUCUGGGUUUCCUCGAGGACCCUCAUGCGUUUCAUCGAGUCGUAUUGCAUCACUUAACAUUUCCGCCAUGGCAUGGACUGAGGACUGGGGAACUCCCAAUUGCAUUAACUGACCCCACCGAAAAAAAACUUGAAUUGUAGUUGUAGAGGUUAUGUGCUACCUUUUUUGAAUACAUUUGAGCUGGAUUCGUUGUAUAUAUCGCCUUAAUAUCCAAAUGGAAACAAGAGUUUCAAGACCCCUCUGUGAAACAUUUGUGACCUCUACUGGGAGCUGGAUCCACAGGUUGGGAAGCACUGGUUUAAUGAAUCUAGGAUCUGUGUGAUGGUGUGUGUGUGUGUGUGUGUGUGUGUGUGUGUGUGUGUGUGUGUGUGUGUGUGUGUGUGUGUGUGUGUGUGUGUGUGUGUGUGUGUGUGUGUGUGUGUGUGUGUGUGUGUGUGUGUGUCUGUGUCUGUGUGUGUGUGUGUGUGUUGGGUUCCUCCGAUGACUGCAAAUGCCUUCAUCAAUUGCUUUCAUUGGAUAGGGGAAAUCACAUGGGUUGAUCUGUCAUUUUUCUAAUAUUUGAGAACAAACGACAAAUCAGUGAGAUCAUAGAUGGUUAAAUAUGUUUGUUCAUUCAAUACCAGGUGUGGCCAUGUGCACACGCACACACACACACACACACACACACACACACACACACACACACACACCCACAAGCAUCUUUUUAAACUGCUUUUGCUGUCGCCAGUUUAACAUGCAUCAGGCAAUCCCGGACCACCUCUUCAUAGUGGAUGAAUCCCUAGUGUGUCUCCCCUGGUGUGGUACCCUAAUCUAAUACAUCUGACAAUGAUUGUGUUAUGCUUGGGUUUUGUAAGAUAGGGCUAAUAACAAGUCUUUGCUGAAAGAAUUGGACCCAACCCCCUCGGGUUGGAUUGGCUAUGGCAGCUUUUUAAUUAGCACUACAUACUUACAACUCCUCAUUCACUGUACAUUUUCUUUGUUUUGGUAUAAUUGUGUUUUUCGCUGCUUUGCAUAUGUGAGGGCUUGUUUGAAUCUUGUUUACCCUCUGUUGCCCCUGCAUCGAGUAUUUGUUUGUUUAUAUCAUUGUUAUAUGAAGCAGCAAUUUUAAAGGAGGAUUUGAAAAUGUCAUAUUUCCCUUUUUGGACGAAAAAAAUAACAAAAUGUUGGUGCAAACUUGCCUCUGUUCAUAGCACCACCGAGCAAAACAGAUAUAUUAUUUUUUUCUGUCUCCGUUGUGCUGUCCUUUCAGUAUUCAGAAUGUGGCAGAAAAUCUCCUCAGUAUGUCCCUUGAUGUCAUGAUGUUGUGCACACCUUUUAUUUACACCAGGCAUGGCACAGCCACUUUAAAGGACCCGUUCCAACGGCCAACGACAGCCCUCCCCGGUCUAUACAGUUCUAGCAUAUUCCAAAGCUGAAUCCAUGUGGCAUUCCAUUUCAACUGAAAGCUUGACUUUGCACGGUGUCUCGAUUUUCUUUGGAUCCUUUCAGAUUGAAAAUAUCUCUGUAUCCACUGUCAGAAAUUCCCCGUGGCGCAUUCCUUUGAAAUUGGUGUAAGUGGCCUUAAGAUUGCAAAAAGGGCAGUUGUUACUUUUUUUUAUAAUUGGUUUUUUCUUAACGUUCUGUGGCAAAAAAAAUACCCUAAACAAAAAACGGUGUCAAAAUAUGUAAAGUGUAACGAGCAAUUAAUUUAUACAUUCAUAAUGCCUUUUUUCUUAGUAUGUUAUUUCCAUGGAUACGAAAUAAAAGAAAGUCAUGUCUAUUGGU